AUGCACGCGACGACGACGAGCCGCUCGCCGCCUUCGGCCACGUCGGGUGGCGCGGCGCACAUGUAUGCCGCGCUGCCCGGACAGUGGGGCGCCACCCUCGCUGCACGACGGGCCACUUGGUCUGGUCGCCCGGCCGAGCCAAUAAUUCCAGGGGGGUUCCCACGCACCAAACAGACACAUCCGAUCCCGAGCGUCGUGGCCUGGCGCGCCGCCCGUUGCUCCAUCGCCUCUCCGCUCUCCGGCCCUGCGGAGCAGAGCUUCCUUGGACUUUCGCUGGAGGAAGUCCGGCAGCUGCCGCCCCUUCCCCCAGCCGGCCGCACCGCGGCCACGCCGGUCGCAUCCAACCCCCUUCGGCCGCGCCGCGUUGCCCGCCGCCCGUCGGCCGCACACCGCCCCUGUCGGUCGCGCCCCAUCACCGCGCCGGCCGCGCCCAGCCUCGCCGGCCACGCCCCGUCGCCUCCGUCGUCCGCGCCCAGCCUUGCCGGCCACGCCCCGUCGCCUCCGUCAUCCGCGCCCAGCCUUGCCGGCCACGCCCCGCCGUCCGCGCCUUACUCUAUUGCCAGCCGAGUCGUGCCCCUUUGCCUGCCGCGCCGGGAGGAUUCCGGCGGCCAGGCUGAGGUCAUGGGAGGCCACGGCUAUGUCGAGCUCGUCCAAUUCGAACCGGCGGCGAUCGAUUGCGGCGCCUAG